UCCUAAAAAUAGAGCUGAUGAACGCCUAAUUACAAUCAUUACUUUUCAGUUUUGUUUUAAUUUUAAUCGAGAGUCUUUCAGGUGCACGAGCUCCUUCCUGUGCGCGGUUAAAUGUAACGGAAACGGUCCUGAAGCGCCUGCUGGUGUCACCCGGUUUAUGUUCCGGCGCGCCGCUGGCUGUCAGCCUGCCCGCUGCUCGGCUCUGAUAGCCGGGGAUGCUGCUUGCCGCGCCGCGGACAGAGAUGGAGUUCAGCCGCAGAAACAGCGAAGUGACGGACGGAGUUUGAAACAAAGGCCGGGCGGCUGGCGUUAGUUCGCCGCCUGAAUUCACCGAUCAGGGGGCUUGUUCCCGUUUUUUAUAGCGAUAACAGAGAAACCAAAGAGUCCCAGGGAAGAUGAAGCUGCUGAAGCCGAGCUGGGUGAGCCACAACGGCAAACCCAUUUUUUCAGUCGAUAUUCAUCCAGAUGGGACGAAAUUUGCAACAGGUGGACAAGGAGAGGAUUCUGGGAAGGUGAUGAUCUGGAACAUGGCGCCUGUCCUCAGUGAGGAAGAUGAGAAGAAUGAGAAUAUUCCCAAAAUGCUCUGCCAGAUGGACAAUCACUUAGCCUGUGUGAACUGCGUGCGCUGGUCCAACAACGGGCUGUACCUGGCUUCAGGAGGAGACGACAAGCUGGUGAUGGUCUGGAAGAGAGCAGCGCUGAUCGGCCCGAGCACGGUGUUCGGCUCCAGCAGCAAGCUGGCCAACGUGGAGCAGUGGAGGUGUGUGACCAUCCUGAGGAACCACACCGGAGACGUGAUGGACGUGGCGUGGUCGCCUCACGACGUGUGGCUGGCUUCCUGCAGCGUCGACAACACCAUCGUCAUCUGGAACGCUCGCAAGUUCCCAGAGAUGGUGACCUGCCUGCGCGGCCACACAGGACUGGUGAAAGGUUUGACCUGGGACCCGGUGGGCAAGUACAUCGCCUCGCAGGCCGACGACCACAGCCUGAAGGUGUGGAGGACGGUGGACUGGCAGAUGGAGGCCAACAUCACCAAACCCUUCAACGAGUGCGGCGGGACGACCCACGUCCUGCGCCUGUCCUGGUCUCCGGACGGGCAGUACCUGGUGUCGGCCCACGCCAUGAACAACUCGGGUCCCACCGCCCAGAUCGUGGAGCGGGACGGCUGGAAGACCAACAUGGACUUUGUGGGCCACCGUAAAGCCGUCACCGUGGUGAAAUUCAACCCAAAGAUCUUCAAGAAGAAGCAGAAGAACGGCAGCUCUCCGAAGCCCAGCUGUCCGUACUGCUGCUGCGCCGUGGGGAGCAAAGACCGCUCGCUGUCCGUCUGGCUCACCUCACUGAAGCGCCCUCUGGUGGUCAUCCAUGACCUGUUCGAUAAAUCGAUCAUGGACAUUUCCUGGACCCUGACAGGUCUGGGGAUGCUGGUCUGCUCCAUGGACGGCACCGUGGCCUACCUGGACUUUUCCUUGGACGAGCUGGGCGACCCUCUGGUGGAGGAGGAGAAGAACACCAUCCACCAGAACAUCUACGGGAAGAGCCUGGCCAUCACCAGCACCGAGGUCCAGCUCUCCACCACCAUCAUCGAGAACCCAGAGAUUCUCAAGUACCAGCAGGAGCGCCAGAACUCGGCCCAGAACAACGCCGGCGCGGCCGCCGCCGGGCCCGAGGCCGCCACCCCCAAGGUCAACAGCGUGAUGAACGGCGAGUCUCUGGAGGACAUCCGGAAGAACCUCUUGAAGAAGCAGGUCGAGACGAGAACUGCGGACGGGAGGAGACGGAUCACGCCGCUGUGCAUCGCUCAGCUGGACACGGGGGAUUUCUCUCCGGCUCUCUUCAACAGCGCCCCCAUCCUGCCCUCCGGUUCCUCCUUGUCCAAUCAGAUCGCUCCGCAGCUCAACUCCGACUCCAGCCCGGGUCAGCCGUCGUCUCUGGGCGCCCGGCCCAACCAGGACGGGCUGCUCACCUCGCCUCCUGCCGCCGGCACCGCAAAAGCCCUGGAGGACGACAAAGACGGGUCCGUUCGGCCUCUGGGGUUCUGGUCCGGUUCCAGCCUCCAGCAGGUCGGCCACUCACUCUUCUUCUCUGGUUUCAGGUUGAAGUCCGGCCUGCUGCUCACCUCGGCCUCCAAGAUCGAGCCGAUGAAAGCCCUGGACUCCCGCUUCACAGAGAGGUCAAAGGCCACGCCGGGGAUCCCGUCGGCCAUCUCGUCCACGGCCGGACUCGCCCCUCUGGAGAGGCCGAAGGACGCCGUCUCCGCCCUGAAGGACGCCAAAGCCAAGGAGGAAACCAGCAGCGACAGCGAAGACAAGAUGGCAGCCAUCAACAAGAACCUGGCGUUCGCCAAGAGGAAACCCGAGCUGCUGCUGGACGGAGGAGAGGUGGUGGAGAAGAGGAAGAAGGGACGGCCCAGGAAGGACAAGAUGGCCGCCUCCAUCUCUCAGCCCUUCACCCAGAUAACUCCUCUUCCUCUAGAGCGGGAGCCGAACAGAGCUGCAGCUCCUCCAGCUGCGGCUGCCGUUCUGCGGCUGCCAACGCCGAGUCUGCAGAAAGCCUUCAGCCUGCAGGUAAGCAUGGAUCCGUCUGUGUUCCUGGAGGUGGAGAACGACGUGUCAGUGGUUGCCGGUUCGAAACUCAGCCAGCUGCGUUGCUCCAGAGACGGGCGGGACUGGAACACGCUGCUGCCCAGCUCUGUGCUGGCCGCCGCGGGGAGCAGCGACGUCCUCGCCGUCGCCUGUGACGACAGGAUGCUGUCGGUGUUUUCCUGCUGCGGGCGACGCCUCCUCCCCGCCAUCCAGCUGGCCACGCCCAUCUCCGCCCUGCAUUGCUCCGCCCACUUCGUCAUGGUGCUGACCGCCGGAGCCACGCUGUCUGUCUGGGAUGCGCAGAGGCAGAAGGCUCUGGUGAAGAAUGAAUCUCUGCAGACCAUUUUCUCCGGCGCUGAGACGACGGUGUCUUUGUCCCUGCUGACCCAGCAGGGCGUCCCGAUCAUCGGCCUGUCCAACGGGAAGUCCUUCUGCUUCAGCCUGUCUCUGGAGACAUGGACGCUGAUUGCGGACAAAGGAGACUCUCUGGUCCAGUGUGCCGACUUCAGGAGCUGCCUCCCGUCGCAGGACGCCGCCGCGUCAUCGGGGCCGCUGGCCGUCGUUCAGGGACGCAACCUGAACGCCGGGCGGCUGGCGUCCCGCCUGUCCUCCACGCCGCAUCACCUGCAGCAGAGCAUGACGCUGGCCUUCCUGGAGAACCAGCUGGCGUCGGCGCUGACGCUGCAGUCGGCGCAGGAGUACCGCUACUGGCUGCUCAUCUACGCCCGCUUCCUGGUCAACGAAGGUUCUGAGUACCGGCUCCGGGAACUCUGUAAAGAACUUCUGGGUCCGGUCCACAAAUCUGCUGCUUCAUCCUGGCAACCAGCAACUUUGGGUCUGCACAAACGUGAGCUGCUGCGGGAGGUUCUGCCCGUCAUCGGAGAGAACCUGCGCUUUCAGAGACUUUUCACAGAGUACCAGGACCAGCUGGAGCUGCUCCGCACCAAAUAACACCCGGCCCGACCCGGACACACACACACGCAGACCGGACCCGCUCCGGUCCCGUCCCACUCGGCCCGGUUUGGCCUGGAGCCGCUGGGAGUCAGAACCAAGGGGUUUUCUGGGAGUUUCUUCAAACAUGUCUGCCUCUGUUUGGACUUUGGGCCUCUUCAGAACCUCUCCAGAAUCCAUAAGGUCUCUACAGAACCCACCAGGUCUCUCCAGAACCCACCAGGUCUCUCCAGAACCCACCAUUUUGCUUCUUUUUCCACUUUUCUCUUUGAUUUCGUCUCUUUUUUUGUCUUUUUUUCUGUUUUCUUUUCCUCCGACCCGAUCCGGGAUUUUCGAUCAUGAAUUUCAUGAGGUGUUUCCAUGGAAACGGUGAGCGAAUGGUCGGAUCCGGCUCCUCAGAACCGCGGCAGAACUCUGGGUGGAGAAGCUCAGUGAGUUCUCCUGCUGCCGGUCUUUGUGGGUUCACAGGAAGCACUUAAUGAAGGUUUUAGAACCAAAUCAGAACCGGAACCGUCUGGACGUCGCGUUUUUAGAAAACAUUCAUUUCCUGCUGGAUUCGAUUAAAAUCAGGAAGUUGAAAUGUUUUAAAGGUCAUAAUGUUCAUCGUAAAGGAAGCGGGGACGGCUGCCGAUCUGGGAAAUCAUCAGGUCAAACGGAAACGUUUGAUUCUGCAUCACAUGAUGCAGUUUGACUUCCUGCCAGCAGGUGGCAGCAGCAGCCUCUGUGUGUCGCAGUGAAAACGUUCCCCCUCCAUGUGGGCCCACUGGUCCGUCUGUACAGAAUUUCACUCUCCUGCUUCUUUCUUGUGUUUUCGAAUGUUUGUAAUGUUUUGUAAUUUUGUUUGUUUUGUUUUUUGUUUUGUUUUGUUUCAUUUUAUAUGAAAAAAAAUUGCAGAAAUUUUGUUUUGGAGCAAAAAUUGAGAUUAAAAAUGGAAUUGAUGAGUUUGUUAA